AUGUCUUUACGACCGAAUCUCCUUUCAAAAUGGAUCUCGCGCCCCAGCGAGAUCCUCCAAAGAACAACCCAAAACAACGUAUACAUCAGCUCAACACGCACAUCCGCGCUACGCCACACCUCCAUUCUAUCCCAAGCAACACGGCGAACCUUCACCACUACCCUAAGCCAGACAAGCCGACUCACGGCGCGUGCUCGGCCCCGAGCCGGCCCCAAUACCUUCCAGCAGCCUAAGCAGCCACUGAACCGCCGGUUCAAUUCCGGAUCAGCUGGCAAUGGUGGAUCGCAAGCGCGACCGGAGAAGGAGACACUAUCGCAGCGCUUGAAGAAGCUCUCCAGGGAGUAUGGAUGGUCUGCGCUUGGUGUGUAUCUUGCUUUGUCUGCGCUGGACUUCCCGUUCUGUUUUGCAGCGGUACGCUUGUUGGGUGUUGAGCGCAUUGGAUAUUGGGAGCAUAUUGCUGUUGAGUUCUUGAAGGAUAAGUUCAAGGCUGUUUGGCCUGCUGUUCAGACCGGUGAGGGCGAGGGUGAUGGCCAGGGUCAGCUUGAGAAGGCCGAAGAGCGGAACCAGGAGGAAGCUAGUAAGUUUGGCCUUGUUUAUGCUCAGUCGAAAGAGAUGACUGACUGUGGGGCCCUUUGUCUUUCCGUUGCAGGUAUUUGGACUCAACUUGCUCUUGCGUACGCCAUCCACAAGAGCUUUAUCUUCAUUCGGGUUCCUUUGACGGCCGCUGUGACACCAAAGGUCGUUAAGACACUCCGUGGUUGGGGAUGGAACAUUGGAAAGCGCAAGCCGAAGAGUACAUGA